CCCAAAAUAAACAUGGCGGACAGAGACGAUCUUUACCUUACCUAAGAGGACUUGUCUAACUAUUUACAGUGUGUUAGCUUCCCUGGUCUAGGAAAAAUGAAGUAAUUUCUUUUGAAAUGUAUUUUCUUAAAUCAGCUGAUUUUAUUUUUUAAAUCAGCUGUCUUUUUGCAUCAUUUUUCUCAGGUUAAAUAUAGACGGUCUUCUUGUGUACUUUCCGUACGACUAUAUCUAUCCUGAACAGUAUUCGUACAUGAUGGAAUUGAAAAGAACUCUUGAUGCUAAGGUACGUCAUUUUAAAUAGUUUCGAGUUUAUUUUCUAGCAUACUGUGCUUGUAACCCCGAAUAUCAUCGGUGAGGGUUUCACAGUUAAGUUACGUCACCAAUUCGAACGUGCGAUUUUCGGUUCGAAGAAUGCAUAUAGUGGUGUGUCGUGCAGCACGUGUUCAUGUUUGAGGACCGAGACCAAGGUUUGCACAAUUUCCCACAGGAGAAAUGCCGAAGACAUUACCUGUCGCUUGCACAUUGCCAUUGCAAAAACAGCUGGGUGAUAACCAAUGGAGCAAAACGGGAUGAGGCUCAAACUAUACCAGCUGAUCUGGAAGAGAUCAUCAGGCUACGAUUGCAUUGCUGAGGUUUUGCUUUCAACAUAGCCAUUGUUAACAGGCACAGCCAUUCUGUCGUGAGAGAGAUGGAUUUUGACUGUUUUUAGAUUGCUUCCUUUACUGUGAAUGUAUUAAUGAUACUCUGUAACCUUAAAUAAGCUAUAGCUAUUGUAGCUUAGUAUGUCUUCCUAAUUUUAUCUCAUUUUAUUUUCAGGGUCACUGCCUUUUGGAAAUGCCUUCUGGAACUGGGAAAACUAUCUCAUUGCUGUCCCUGAUAGUUGCCUAUAUUUUGGUACAUGUAAUAUUCUGGAUUAUUCUGUAAUCACAAUGUUUCUGGUCUGUUUGAACUUAUUGCUCCCUGAAUACUUAAUUUUUCACUCAUUUAGUUGAAGUUUAAGAUUUUAUAAAUAGAAGAAUAGGUCUCACAUUUAUCCAAUCCUUUUCCACAGUCCAAACCAUUUGAGCUGUCAAAACUGAUCUACUGCUCUCGUACUGUUCCAGAAUUAGAAAAAGUAAGUGAACAUGUCAAUUAAUUUCUAGCUGGAAUUUGCUAGAUCCUAUACAACUUGUUUGCCAAACUGAUAUUCAUUCCCAUGUGUUAUAUCCUGGGUUAAGACAUCCUCGAGAGUCAGGUGUCUUGUGCAACCACAGAGCUGCUAAUACAUGUAAGUUUGAAAGUAAGGGCAGACGAGAAAAGUCAGUGGCAAGGUUAUCAGGAACACUGUGUUGUUUUGUCAGAUUAGACACAAGACUGGGUCCUUGGCAUUUGAAUUGCACUAAUCUUGCACUAAUCUUGAACCAAAUUCUGAAUGUGGAAUCAAUUCUCACAUUUAAACCUACCUGUAACUGGCAAACUGUGCAUUUAAUUCUACCCAGAACUGGAUGCAUGUAGGAGGCAUUGUUUGUAAAACUCAUUAGGCUAUAUAGGGUAUAUGACAAUUAAAUAAAGAUGCAGUGUUUAACUGCAGGUUUUGGAAGAGUUGAAGGUUCUUUUGGAGUAUUACGAAAAGGAAACAGGAAGAAAACCAAAACUGUUAGGGCUGGGACUCAGCUCAAGAAAGAAUCUUUGCAUUCAUCCUGAGGCAAGUGCUACCUAUUGUAGAUGCAUGGUUUUGUAUUCUGUCAACUCUUUAAUCCCAAGAUCUGAUUGUUAAUUCUCCCCUUUAGCUACCACACAUUUCUUUGAAAAUUAGUUAUGAGAAUUUGGUAUUAGAUCAAGAUAACAACUUUAACCUGACAAGUUUGAGUAUUCUCAUUACCUCUUUGCAUGGAUAUUAUCGGGAAAAGAACUCCCAUGAGUGACCAAGACAAAAUUUCUCCUUACAAUAUCAAUACAAUAUCAACCAGAUAAGUAAUGAGAAUAAAGAAAAAUAUAAAUUUGGGGAUGAUUGGUUGAUCCAAUAUUAAAUUCUCUGAACUAACAUUAUAAGAAUUGUAUGUUUGACAGUAAGGAGAAUUACAAAUUUGAUCUGGGAGUUGAAGGGUCAAAGGGUUAAUUCCAUUUUUGUGUUUAAUGGGGUGUAACACUUAUUUUCUGAGACAAAAAAAGCCUACUGCAAUAGGGAACCCCUAAAGAAAGAACCUUGAUUUUGUAAGUGUACCUCGUGCACUAAUUUUUCAGUCCCUUGGUAGUAGUGUCAUUAAAUCAAUAUGUAAUUGUGACAGUGUGUAUCAUAAAUACUUUUCCUUUUGACAGGUGAGUGCAGGAAGAGAAGGGAAGAAAGUGGAUGGGAAAUGUUUGAGUUUGACUGCAUCAUAUAUACGUCUGAGACACAAAGAGGACAAAACUGUUCCUGUUUGUGCAUUUUAUGAGGUAAUGAUCUUGUGGUGUAAAAUGAUGUUUAUAUUGUACUAAUAAAGUGAAAAAUCAUGAUGACACAGAAUUACAGUGCUUCUUUAUUUUCCUUCCUUGGAGAGAUUAAGGCCACAGUAUAAAGCAUCCUUGGACAUCUGAAGGAAAAUUUAAGAGGCUGUUUACAUCAUAUGCUGACAUCUAACAGUUACAUGUACAUCUAACAGUGACAGGGUUAGGAAUAAUCGCCCAUUUUGGAGUCUGUGAACUGGAUUUGGUGUAAACUUGUGAAAUAGUACUGUACAGAGAAACCCAAGUAAUCCUAAAGACCCCAAACAGUUAUUAAUGAACUUGACUAUUAACAGUUGCCUUGAAUUUCAUUUUAGGAUUUUGAUGCUCAUGGUAAAGAGGAAAAAAUUCCUCCUGGAGUGUAUAAUUUGGUAAGGACUGUAUCUACCAAAUUAAGUGCAUAAGUUUUUUAUCUUUGACCUUCAUACAGAGCAAUGACUUGUUGAAAUAUUCUACAGCUCACCGUGAGUUUCAAAUUUGACUAUUGAAAAAAAUAUGCAUGUUUUAGUUUUGAAAUUCAAUGUAAUAUGUGAUCUUGGAGUUGUGAAUCCUUCUAUGAUACAAGGCAAGAUGGUAUAAAAUAAUAUGAUAACUCUUGUUAAAUUUGUUGUAGUUGUUAAUGCUUGCUUCAUUUAGUUUGGUUUGUAAUCUUGGCUUAAGGGUGACCUGAAAGAAUUUGGCAGAAAAAAGGGAUGGUGUCCAUAUUUUUUGGCAAGAUAUACAGUAAGUACACUGUUACUGAACUACAAUCUAACUAAAAUUAUCUCGCAGGUUUUCUGUGUACACUUAGCUGCAACACUAAAUUGGAGAAUAUGAAUAUUAUGUUAGGAAGAAGUUAGUAUAAAAUCAUCUGGAACUUAAGAAUUGAUGAUAUUCCAUUUGAUGGAUUUUUUUAGAUAUAUCAUGCAAACAUAGUUGUGUACAGCUAUCAUUACUUGCUGGAUCCUAAAAUUGCUGAACUAGUUUCAAAAGAACUGGAAAAAACAUCAGUUGUUGUCUUUGAUGAGGCUCAUAAUAUUGGUAAGGAACUUAAUAAUUCUUACAAACAGUAUUUGCAGACUCCUUUACAGCACAGUAAUGGAAGUUAAGGGCUUCUUAAUCAAAUUUCAUAUUGAUUUUAUAAGUACAGCUGUCGUUGGGUUGCUCUGGAGACACUUGAUCAUCAGAGGAGCAAAACUGAUGGGCCAUGUUAGAAGUUUUAUUGCUAGCAGUAUGAAAUAAAUUAAAUGUUUUAAAUGAUUGCUAUAAAUUCUAACAAUCACAUAUAAUUAGUUAUGAUAGUGCUGUUUAGGAUAUAGAGGAAAUUUGGUGAAAUUAUAUUUUGUUGUGAGAAGAUGCUCAGUUAUAAGACCUACCCCAAGUUCAAUAUAGUUUAAAGUGCACAGAGAGGCUUUAACUGAAAAAUUGCUGCACCUCAUGUAACCAGAAAACUGCAGCAUUUCUUUUCAAAUAAAAUCAAUGACAAUAUUUUUUGAUUUGUAGAUAAUGUGUGCAUUGAAUCCCUGAGUGUGACAAUUUCAAGAAGAACACUUGAUAGAAGUCAUACUAAUGUGGACAACUUGGCCAGAACUGUUAAAAAGUGAGUAUUUUUAAGUUCUCCUUACCCCUCCCUUGAAAGUAUGGUUUUGGUUUGAAUUCCCUAUCCACCCCUCUCAAGUGCUACUUAUCUAGAAUCCUACAAUUUGUACACUGCAUAUUGUAAAUGUCAAACUUUUCUACAGUUUUUUUUUGUCGUAAUAUGCUAAGGUUGAUUUUCAUUUUUGAACUUGCUUAGCCCUCCUCUUUUUUCGAUCAAAGAGAAUUUUAUGCGGUAAAUAUUAGCUUGGUGCUUUUUUUUCAAAUUUGAUAUAGGGGUACUUAUUUCAGUGUUCAGAAGCAUCAGCAGCAAUGGGGACUUGUUUCUGUCAUACCGACUUCUUCAUUGAGAAACAACAAUGAAAUACCAGUAUUGAUCUGAAAUGAAUUUCAAUCUUUGCUUGACUUUGUAUUUAUCUGAAAGGAUUUAUUUAACUUGGAAAGCAAACAAUAAAUGAAAGUAAGGGAAGUACUUUCUAGCAGAAAAGGCACUGAUACCCUUGAUGUACUCAAACAAUUUUUUCUUGUAGGCUAUUUUACUUAUAGCUAUUUAUCAAAAAAAUCUCUGGAAAACACUUUUAUUUUGAGAAGGCAUUAAUUGAAGGAUUUUAUGGCACAUAUUUGUAAAUUUGACAUCCACAUGAAGUCAUUUGCAGUUGUAUUCUUCUUAAGUCUGAAACAGAAGGAUGCCAAUCAACUGAGGGAGGAAUACAGCAGACUUGUACAAGGUAUAGCUGGGGGAGGGGUGGGGCACAAACAGACUUAUUACUCUAGCAUGACCCUUUGUGUGGGAAAAUCCUGUCACAGUCAUCCAUCCAUUUUAAUAUGAAUAAAUUCCAUUUAACCAAGAGACGAAAAUGUUGCUGUAGAAUAUAUUACCCAGGUGAGGUCAAAUGCCAAAAUGGUUAAGGACCAAAAUAUUACUGAAAAGUGUACUUCCUCCAGUCAGUUUACAAACAGCCAAAGUACAGCAGAUAGUUUACGGACAUAAGAUGUGAUUUUGAUGUUUGUUAACUUUUGUGAUGGACACAGGUUUACGGGAUGCAAGUGUUGCUAGGGAAACUGAUGUGGUGCUGGCUAAUCCAGGUACAGGCAUACGUAAAAAUUUUUUUUAACCUCAUGACUAGUCUCUUAACCAAUUGGUUUUGGUUUAACAUACUGAAGCAAUGAUAUUCAAAACAUAUAAAUCUCUGACUGGUUUAUAAAAAUCAAGGCAGUCAUUGUUAACAUUAAUUCAAUUCUUUUUUUCUCUUUUUGUAGUUUUGCCUGAUGAAGUCUUGGAAGGUGAUUUCAGCAUCAGUUUGCAUACCUUAGUUCUCCCUUUCUUUAAUUGAUUGAACUUUCUUUUAAUUAACCAUAUCUUUAAAUUGAAUAUUUUAUUGUUUAUGUUAUGGAGAUCUUAAGAGACAUUUGAUAUUUCUUUUUACCUAAUGCCCUUCAAGGGAAAGAAAUUAUUUUAGGGACAAUUUUUCCUUCAACACAGGGCUGUCGUUUUCCUUAAUUGCAUACACCAGUACCUAACCCUUUAGCUCCCAAGAUCUCAUUGAUAAUUCUCCUUACUGUCUGCCAUACAGUUCUUGUGAUGUUAGUUUGGAGAAUUUGGUAUUGGAUCAAUUUAUAAUCUUCUACUUGGAAUUAUUCUUUAUUCUCAUUACUUGUCUGCUUGAUGUUGUAUUGAUAUUGUAAGGAGAAAUUCUUUCUUGGUCACUCAUGGGGAUUAAAGGGUUAAAAGAGGCAUACAUGUUUUCUUAUUUUCCAACACAAUUUUCAUCAGGGAUCCAGCUUCAAAAGACAAGUGGAAAACUUGUUUACAAACCAAAGACUAAAUCACAACAAAGCCAAAUGUACAUGUUCUGUGUACAGAAUUUUUUUGAGGAUGAUUUUUUGCCCUGACUGACAUCUUUUUGUCAUGUUACUAUUGUGUCAUCAAACUCCAUUACGAUAAAUUUAAAUUGAAUUAGAUGAGCUAAAACAUUCUUCACUUGUUUGAAAAAUAUUGACAAUGUGAUACAUUUAUCCAUUAAUAUCCCAGGGAAAUUUAUCAACAACAUUUCUCUUUUUUUUUUCAUACAGAGGCAGUACCUGGAAAUAUUAGACAAGCCGAACAUUUUGUAAAUUUUAUGAGACGGUUUAUUGAGUAUUUAAAGGUUUGUUCUACUUUGCUCCUACCAAAGAUCUUCAGGUUAAUUAGUUUUAUGCUGUUUAUGUACCUCACAUAAAGAUAUUUAAACAAAAAGAUACAGAUGCUUUAACUUCUUACCUUAAGACAUUGCCCUCAUCAGCUGUUGACUUAUCAAAAGAAACUAAAAAUUUGUUAAAUGUUGUGAUGAAUUGUGCUGUGACUAUUGUAUGAAUAUACCAGGCAAGGGUACAGAAGAUAAGACAGGGGGACAAAAUUUUGGAUUUUGUGAGUCAUUUUAUACAUACAAUGUUAUGAAGUAAAAGAUGCUCAAUUUUCUUGAAUAAACCAAAGAAAAAAAGUGGCUAAAUGUAAUGUCAAGCAAGAUUGUUGCAGAAUUAAAUAAUGUGUGAGUUGAUUUGAGGUAAAAUAUUGGUGUCAUGCUCAGGAGUUCACCAUUUGUAUUUUUUGUUUGUUUCCUAUCACAGUGGCAUGUUUUUCUAUUAUUUUUUCAGACAAGGCUAAGGACACAGCAUGUUGUGCAACAAAGCCCUCCAUCUUUUCUGCAGCAUAUUUUCCAACAAGUCUGUAUUGAAAGAAAACCUCUCAGGUAUUUUCAAGUAACCAAUCACUUGGCUGAUUGGUUGAUCAGUCAUUUGAUUGGUUAGUCAGCCAGUCAAUCAAUCAAUCAAUUGAUCCAAUUGAUUCUGUAGAUAAAUUUACCCUUUACACCCUAAUAUCAGUAUGCAUAUUCUCCAUACUGUUCUCUAUACAUUUUCUAAGAUGCUGAUUAGGAGAAUUUGUUUAAUGACCAAGAGCCCAUUUAGUUGGUGAUCAUUCCUUUAUUCUCAGGACCUUGUUGUGUGAUUUAGGGUUGACAGGUUAAGGAGAAAUUAGAUGCCAGUGACUCUUAGGAGUCAAAGGGUUAAAUUAUUAUUAGUGAACAACCUUGAUAUUUUAUUUUUGAAGAUUCUGUGCAGAGCGGUUGAGUUCUCUGUUAUACACACUGGAACUCCCUGAUGUUCAAGACUAUGGUCCUCUGACACUGAUUGCCAACUUUGCUACCUUAGUCAGUACCUACAGCAAAGGUACAGCUCACCUAUCUUACUUGUAUCAUUAUGUUAUUAUUCAAAGUUACACUGUCUUAAAAUUCAUACAGAAUAUGAAAGAAAACCUCAAUUUGAAGCUGAGACUGUGCUGAUAAAAGUUGUUAAUCACUUGUCAAAUAGUUCAUCUCAAAGUUAAAGCUUCUGCAGAAUCCAUGAACUUAGCCCAUAGUUGGCUGUAAUCUCUUUGCAGAACAUGUGUAUGGCAAACUCUAUACUGCGAUGAACCAUCAUAUUGAUGUUGAAAACAAUUCUGUCAUUCAUAUUUUUUUUUUUAUCUCGGGCUAUUCUGUAAUUGGGUUCCCUUUGUUUGCUUUUAAAUUCAGUCCUUCAUGUUUCAUCACAGAAUGCCAUACUCAUGCCACAUAAAUCUAGUUCAAUGGACCUGAUUGCCAGCAAAUGUCUCUGUGUAUACCUCUCUAUUAGGUUGUCUUAACUGUAGUUAUUGAGAGUAAGAGCUUCACAGAGUGUUAUUGAUGGAGGUUUAUGUUUGAUUUGUUUGUACAGGGUUCACACUGAUCAUUGAACCAUUUGAUGAUCGCACACCAACCAUACCAAAUCCAAUCCUACAUUUCAGGCAAGUGAUUCUCCACUUUUUCUCUAUUAUGAUGUUAUUUUAACUACAGUAAUGCUUGAUUCUAUUCAGGCACUUGAUGUGGUUUUCUUUUACAGUAAAUUUUCAAACUUAGUCUGGAACAGUCUUUAUUAUACUUCAAGUUCAUACUAUUUUUUUCAUCCAAACCUUUCCUCUUCUUUCCCUCUUAGUUGUAUGGAUGCUUCCAUUGCUAUCAAACCUGUGUUUGACAGAUUUCAGUCUGUUGUCAUCACAUCAGGGGUAUGAUAUCAUUCAAUUUACCUUUGAUUAAUAAGUUAUUUGCCUGUUAUUAGACACUGAUUCAAGACCUGAGAAAUGAGAUAAGCGCAAUUUUUUGAUGAAAUUUCAAUUGUAAAAUACAGAUAUCAUAGUUUAGUUUGUAAAACUCAGUUUGUAAUUAUUGCAGUGUUCUUUACUAGUGGCAUUCAGACUGGUCUGAGUGACCAUACCAUGAUAAAAGAGGUGUGUAAUAUCAUCUUAUAAACAAAACAGUGCUGUUCUUCCUGAAUUGUUUUUCUUUUCUCUUGACACCCCAGACUUUAUCACCAAUAGACAUGUAUCCCAAGAUUCUUGACUUCAGGCCGGUGACCAUGGCAACAUUCACAAUGACACUUGCCAGAAUUUGUCUGUGCCCCAUGGUGAGUGAAGCAUACUUUAAGUCGAAGAUGUUCAGAAAUAGAAAGGAUGCCUUUUCCAUAACUUCUGGAUUGACUAAAGAAACAAUUAUUAAUCUUUAGUCAUGUCAAAUCCAACUGGCAUUUACAUGCACAGUUAAUAAGUUUCUUCACUUUCAAUUUAAUUCCAAAUAUGGUGGCAAAUCUUUUUCUGCCUGAGCAGUCAAAGCUUUGGAACCACCCUGAUAACUUGAGACAAAUUUCUCCAAACAGUUUGGCUACAUUUUCAAAAAGGAAGGUGAAUAGAAGAAUGAAAAAACAUCAAGAAUGGAAUAUUGAUUUAUUGAACUCUUAAUUCCUAGAGAUGAAAGUAUAAGAAAUGUAUGGCUGACAGUGUGGAGAAUUGAUAUUUGGGUCAUGGGAGUGAAUGGUUGAAGAGAGGUUCAACUGAAAUCUUUUGUUGAUGCUUUCUAUUUGCAGAUUGUUGGCAGGGGAAACGAUCAAGUAGCCAUGACGACUAAGUUUGAAACAAGAGAUGAUAUGUGUAGGUUUUCCAAGUGAAAUCGUAUGUUUUCACGUUCUCCUGUGAAGCUUAGAGCACAAAUUGAAAGCGAUGAUACAUAACGUUUUCCUUUUGAUUCUCCGUUAGCUGUCAUUCGUAACUAUGGCAACCUCUUAGCUGAGAUGUCAGCCGUGGUACCCGAUGGGAUUGUUUGCUUUUUCGUCAGUUAUCAGUACAUGGUAAGAUAGCGUUUUUCUCCUCAAGCAGGAAAAUUAUUCGUUCAUUGCUUUUGCUCGCUUAAGAAUACAAACAGAUAAGAAGUUAGGAGCUGUAAGAGGAUUAUGAUGAAGUUUCGCCCAACGAUGCAAUUUUGUUUUGCCUCUUUAUUUUUUUUCUUGUUUAGAGUGACUACUGCUUAUUCAAAUAAUUGUUCUUUUGCAUGGAACAGUUCGUGUCAUGAGCACUCGGACUCGUAUUAAGCGUGAAGCUUAAGGUUUCCUUUCAUACAAAGUAUACAUAUAGACCAGUUUUUUUUUCAUUUGUCUAUCAUUCUUUAUUUAAUCGACAUCUGCACUUUUUUUUUUUGUUCCGUGCAGGAAGCAGUUGUGUCCAUUUGGAAUGACCAAGUAAGAAAUUUGAGUAUGAUUUGAUUUCCAGUCUUUGAAGGAUAAACAUAGCAUCUGUAUACAUAUGGAUAAUAACUUCACGAAUUUUUGUUUUGUUUUUAGGGUAUCAUCAGCAACAUUCAGAGAAAUAAGCUGCUUUUCAUUGAAACUCAAGAUGCGGCAGAAACCAGUUUAGCUCUUCAUAAUUACCAGCGGGUGAGUUUCGUAGAAUUUAGUCAAGGACAAAAUUUUCAUUGUGCCUUCAUGCUUCAUGUUUUCCUCUCUCGUUUUUUCAGGCUUGUGAAAAUGGAAGGGGAGCCAUAUUGCUCUCUGUGGCCAGAGGAAAAGUUUCAGAGGGAAUUGAUUUUGGUAAUCAAGUGUAGAAUUGGAGCGGUUUUCAAUCGGGUGUCGAAAUAGUCGGAAUAAAAUCUGAAUUUGCAUUUUCUUGUUAACUUCUCUCUGUAAGUAGUCCACGAAACUCAAGUCACCGCCAUUCAGCCAUGUUUCUGUCAUCUCUCAGAGUUCUCACUGUUCUCUUUGAGAUAUUUUUCAUCGUUGUGACUGGCUUUUGUGACGACUUCGUUUUGGUUUUAUGACACUCAAUCGAAAAGAGCUCUAAUUAACAAAUAGACCAUGUAUAGAACUGCAGUUGUAAUUUUAAAAGCACUUUGCAUCUCUCAUACUUAAAGAAGGUUGUCGCAACCAUUGUCAGCAGCCAUCUCCAGGUCGCUUGUUUGGUCUCUUGUUAAUAGCUUGGUUAACGGGACUUUAGUUCAAUUCUUUAUUUCGUUUAUUUCUGUGAUAUGUGUUCGAGAAAUUUUAAAUUGAAUGUCGAAGGUAAACCUGGAUUGCAUUGGUUUGCUUUGCCACGUUCUGUGAUUGGUCCAGAAAACUCACGCCACUCUCUCAACCAAUCAGAUGUAAAGCAAAACAAACCGCGUCCCGGCCAUUCGUUUUUUCCCGCUCAUUUUUUUCUUGGUAGUACUUAUUUUCUCCUUGUGAGGUUAGCCUGUGUCCUAAUUACCUGUUGGGAUUAUUUUGUUUAUGGUUCUUACGCACUUAAUCCGAGAGCGCUUGAAAGCUAAGGCUCUCAUACUUGCUGAAUUAUUUUUCUUUUCACAGACCAUCACUACGGCAGGGCCGUUAUUAUGUUUGGAAUUCCAUAUGUUUACACUCAAAGUAGAAUCCUAAAGGUCAGUGACAGGAACUUGUCGCAUUUUAAAAUUUUCGUUCUCCAUUUUUACUUCCAAGCUAAACAGAUCGCAUUAUUAAACUAUGAAUUUUGGACUCAAAUAAUGGUGUUAUAUUUGAUAUGAUCCACUAGUGUCUAAGUUACAAUGAAACAGCCACAUCUUAAUUCAUUCGGUUCGGCUCGUUUAAUAUGAUAUGUAUUUGUUAAUAGGCGCGCCUUGAGUACCUCAGAGACCAGUUCAACAUCAGAGAAAAUGAUUUCCUUACUUUCGAUGCAAUGAGACAUGCUGCUCAGGUAGGAAUCAAACAAAAAAUAAUUAUCGCCUUCUACGACAUAUUCAGGUACCAUUUAACUUCGAGAAAGUCAAGCAAUAAAAAUCGCCAACGUUCCAGGCACGGUAGAGGCGGUUGUCUGCGAAACGGCUGCUGACCGCCUGCCGUUCUCUGCGCCCCCGUUUUAACGAACCGAGAUCCUGGAACGAGCUAAAUUGCAUGUGCAGUAGAUUACUGCAAUUAUCCUGAUCCAUGAAAAUCGAACGCUUGACUCAUUUGCAAGACUUCAGCGAUAAGUUUUUCUUAUGGUUAUACAAAGAUCAGUUCAAUCACCUCUAUGCGGUAAAUAAUAAUUUGAUUUUGAUAGAAAGAUUCUGUCUUUAAUUUUGGUUUGUAGAGGGUGGAAUUGAUGUAUCGCAUUAAACUGUUGUAUUUCUUUGUUACUUUGGUACACUUAUCUUUCAUUUGCUUCUCUGAUCUCUCAGUGUGUUGGCCGAGCCAUCAGAGGAAAAACAGACUACGGCAUCAUGGUGUUUGCUGACAAGGUAUGGGCUAGAAGCUAAUUUUUGAACUUCACGUGCCUUUUCCUCUCAGGUUUCCAGUCCUCUUCUCUGCGUGAAAGGUACCAUGUUACUCUCUGUUUCUCUGACAAUGUGGCUGAAAAUUAUUAUUAUUACUAUUAUUAUUAUUAUUACUAUUAUUACUAUUACUAUUAUUAUAGUUAUCAUUAUGUACCAUUCAUUUUUUGCAGAGAUUUUUCAAAGUUGACAAAAGGGGAAAACUUCCCAAAUGGAUUCAGGUAAAUUAAAGAAGAAACUUCAUGAAAUAGGGUUUAGAUAUUACGACAGAAUUGGUCAACAAUCCUUUUGAUAUUUAUAUAGCCGCAAACGCUAAUCACUCGUGUUUCAAACUUUACUAGAACAAACUUGACACAUUGUUGAAUACGGUAACUGAAAAUGACAAAAUUACAAUCACGCGAAUGAGCAUAAAAUAACUUACAUCGUAUGAGUGAAAGUACUGGAAAACGACAAAGCGAAAUAAACAAGGAUACUUACAAGACGAAUGUGACCAAACCAAAGACGAAAACAUGAAACCCAGAGCUAGAUAUGUAACGACAAUUUUCGCAAACUAGACAACUCCCCAAAUAAAUUACGCGCAACCAAUAUAUAUACGAUAUGCAAAUAAAUAUAACAAGUACAAAACUGGUAACUGACAAAGGACACUAAUGGAAGACGAGAAAAUAAACACCUAACACGAAACUAUGAAACACCAACACUAACAAUAAAUGAUAAUACAAAUUCUUGCGCCUACAAUUUAUUCUUGCAUUAAAUGCUGUCUGAAGCAAUUAAGAAGUGUCGAAAAUAAACCAUGAUUGCUUCUGUUUUGCUCGCGCCAUUUUUCAUUUUCCAUUUUUCUUAACACCCCCCCCAAGUAAAAAUCUUAACGUUCCCCCGUCCCUCCCCACUAGAAUCGGAGCCCGAAUCCAGAUCAAAGCUUUUUGAAUACUUCAAGGCUAAUUCCCUUUGACUGUAUUGCAGGAGUACUUGAAGGAAGGAGUGUGCAAUGUGUCUAUCGAUGAAGCAGUCCAGGUAGGGAUGUGUACUGUUUGAAAUAUUUUAACAACCUUAAUUUUUGUGUAGGCGUGUUUUUUUAAGGCGAGCGGAGGCGACCACGAAGGUCCUUGAUCAAUAAAUUAGGUCGCCCUAUGUGCAGAGAACUGAAGUUAUUGUUUCUUUUUACUAGAUCAGUAAGAGAUUCUUGAGGCAGAUGGCGCAACCGUUCGACCAGGUAAUGUGGGAGUUUACAAAGGACGACGGCGACACCGUAAACAACGUUGAUUAAACAUUGAACUUAUAUGUUACCUACGAAUCUCGCGAUACUCUAAAUUUAUUUAGUUUGUUUCUCAUUGUCAAUCUCGAAACUGAAUAGGGAACACAGCGUUAAAUUAGAAAUAGAAAUUAAAUAAAUCAGCCGUCGUAGUUCACGAUCUCCUGGCAACGUAGAGUUUGGUCAUUUCACGUUGUUGUUUUGCGGAGGACGCCAAGAAAUUUACACAGAUUUAUAACGCACGUGCACGGCAACUGUUCUCCUCAUUAAACUUUUUGUUUAGUGACGUUCCCGUUGCUGUUGCCGUCGUGGUUUUCUUAAACUCCCUAUCGUCUUUUCCUAAAACCUAGAACGUAUGGCGCUCGAUGCAGCUAGUGAGCUAUAUCUUUUCACGGUUCUCUUACGAAAAGCAUUCCUGUGCGAAAACUUAAAUAUUUGAAUGUGAUGAGUAAUAAUCCAAUCUUUUUCGAUUAUUCAAAGUUAUUAUUCAAUAAUUAGUGCAGCUUUCUUAAGAGUUUGAUAGAAACGAGUAAGGCUUUUAUAAAAGGCGGGAGCCCCAUCGAAGGUUAUUUCUUAUACGAACCACAAAGGAAGGGACAAUUGCACUAAAUAGGAGAAGACAAAGUCGAGUUUUUCUGCGUUUCGUGCACGCUAUUGGCGCUUCCCAAAGACAGAGCAAGGUCAAGACUUCUUUGUAUGUAACCUACGUUAAUGUGCAAUUGUGCUGUUGCGAAGACUUAUUCGUCCCCCAUAGUUGAUUGACUGUUUCUUUUCCCUUCAAUCACAGGAGGAUCAGCUUGGCCUCUCGCUUCUCACUGUUGAGCAAGUGGAGUCUGAGGAGUUCCAGAAAAGAAUACUUCAAUCAGCCGUUGCAUGAUUGGUUAAGAAAGUAGACCUACUUAAAGCUUAAGGCUGGUGUUUAAACGUAGACCAUCACAUUACUUCGUAGGUAGAUCACGGUAGAAAUAUUUUCGCGAAGUGAGGUAGCACCUGAAAAAGAUUACAGAGGGGAUACUUAAAGAUCUAAGGUUUGUCUGUUGCAAUUCGACAGGGCCUAAAAAAACUCCCCAGGAAGUUAACACCAUUUGAAAUUCUUCAAAUUAAACAGGAAAUUUGAAGUUUUCUUUCUGCUGGCCUUGUACUUGGAAUUAAGCAGCCAACAGUGAGCAAACGUCUUCCAACAAGACAUGUAUUGUGUUAACUUACAUGGUUGCGUUUAUACUUUUUCCAGUAGCCAUUUUUUGUUUUUGUUUUUUGGCCCUCUAUAGAAAAGGUGGCAAUUCAUUCCGUUUGUAGUUUAAGUUUGUGUUAGAAUCGUCAAAUCUCGUUUUGUUGUUAGUAUGGCUCUAAUCGUAUGUACAUAUUUAUGGACUCGUCUUUGGUCUGAUAUCGAAAUAUGGAUCAUUAUGUAACUUUGAUAUGUAAAGAAAAUAAAAGUAUUUUGUUUUAACCACAUUAUGAUGACGUCUGUGAUCUUUUACUAAGCAGACACGGCAGUACGGAGUCUUUUUGAUAGAUAAACUAUGUAAAUAAAGAAAUUCCGUGUCUCUGAACAACCUCACUUUCAAAAGGAGGCCAAUUGCUGAACG